AUGUUAGAGGCCGAAGAUACAUCAAAACCUUGGAAAACACUCUUCUAUCGUUUUAUCUUCAGUACAAUCCCAAAAGAUGAUAAACUUUCCUCUGAGGAAGUCAAAACUAUUCACAGUGGAUUGCUGGAGCUGGUUGAAAGGUAUACUACAAUAAAAGCUUAUCGUGUCUGUCAAGAUGCCAUAUCUGGCGAAGAAGAGGCAGAGCCAUGCAGUUCCUCAAGUGGAUUUGACGAGUCUUCUGACAAUCAGGAUGGAACUGACGCGGAGCUUGCAGAAAUUCAGAAUAAAGUUGAGGCAGAGAAGGCAUCAGAAAACACAAGCGCAACCUCAUCGAGCUCUUUGCCAAAGCAAUCAAUGGGAGAAGAAUUUCGCGCUCUUACCGGCAAAGGAACCCCUUCCAGCUGUACACUGACAUUGACUGAGAAGGUUGUAUCUCCUCUUCACUCUCCAAAGGAAGUGGAUGUUGAAGAAAACGGCGACAACAAGACAAAAUGCAGUUUAUCUACAAUUCCGAGGCCUUCUUUGAGAGCUGGUCGUUGCUUCUACAAAGGUCGUCGGCUCCUGAGACAUAAAAAGGAAGCCGACAAGAAAGAAGCGGAAAAUUGCAUAGGAUUUGAAGGAGGUGAAGAGAUGGAGGAAGAUGAAGAAGAACCGGUACUGCCUGGCGGCAUAUAG